AUGACUCGUCCUUCUACUCAUUCUAGUCGCCGUUUUGCGUCUCAUCGUUAUUCGAAUGGUGGAAAUUCUCGUGAUUAUCAUCGAUCUGUUCGAUUUAAACGUUUUAGACACGAUGAUUCGCGUUAUGAAAGGCGACCUGCUUAUCAUGAUGCGUAUUCGUCUUAUAAUACUCAUUCUCGACAUGCGUCACAUCGUCAUCAGCUUCGACAUUCUUCACCGCAUUCUCGGAACCGCACACAUCAGACAGAUGACAAACAUCGACGAAGUGAUAGUGAAUCAAAUGAUCUAAUACAAUAUAUGAAACGACGAAAUAAUAGUAUUCGCAGAACAAUGGCUAGCACAUUCGGAAUGUCUUCCCAUCAUUUAUCAAAACUUCUAAUUAAUAAAUGUGAUGAGGCAGAAUAUGACGCUGUGACUAAAACAAAACAAAUUCGUUAUAAACGAAAGAAUGCAGAUGAUACAUCGCCAAUUCAAACAUCUCGUGUUAUUACAGAUGAAGUUCAUUUUUUUGAUCAAAUGUCGCGUGAUGAAGAAGAUCUUGAUGAAGGUCCGCUGAAUGAUUAUAAUCAACAUUUUGUAAAUUCUGGACACAGACCACAAAAUUAUAUUAGAGAUGCAGGAUUACAAGAUCGUUUUGAAGAGUAUCCAAAAUUACGUGAAUUAAUUCGUCUAAAAGAUGAACAUAUCGCUAAAACAGGCACACCACCGAUGUAUAUGAAAUGUGAUUUAUUAAAUUUUAGUUUAGCUGAUCUUGACUGUGAAUUUGAUGUUAUUUUAAUCGAACCUCCUUUACAAGAAUAUAAACGAACACAUGGAGUCCAUUUUGAUCGAUAUUGGUCAUGGGAUGAAAUAAUGAAAUUAGAUGUUGAAGCGGCUGCUGCUCAACGUUCGUUUGUAUUUUUGUGGUGCGGAUCAGCUGAAGGACUCGAUUUAGGAAGACAAUGUUUGAAAAAAUGGGGAUUUCGUCGGUGUGAAGAUAUAUGUUGGGUAAAAACCAAUCGUUCAAAUCCACGACAUGUUGUUACCCAUGAGCCAGGAGCCAUUUUCCAACGAACAAAGGAACAUUGUUUGAUGGGCAUACGUGGCACUGUUCGUCGUUCAGUAGAUAGUGAUUUUAUUCAUGCGAAUGUUGAUAUCGAUUUAAUUAUUACAGAAGAACCUGAAUGGGGAGAUGCGAAUAAACCACUGGAAAUAUAUCAUAUUAUCGAACAUUUUUGUCUCGGACGAAGACGUUUACAUUUGUUUAGUCGUGAAUCAACAAUUCGACGUGGUUGGCUUUCAAUAGGUCCUCAAUUGUCAACAUCGAAUUAUGAUAAAAAGUUAUAUAAAUUAUUCUUUGAGACGACACCAGGAGCGGGAGGAGAUUUAAAAGAAGAAGGACGCGGGCAUUUGACCGGAGUAACAGAACGAAUUGAACAAUUAAGACCAAAAUCACCACCUCCGAAAGGAGUAAAAGUGAAUUUAACAGGGGUAGCACAAAAUAACGGAGCACAGCAGCAAAACCAAAUAAUUGAUAGUCAACAACAACAAUUGCAACAAAGUCAACAAUCCCAACAGACUCAGUCUCAACAAUCUCAACAACAGCUUCAAACAAUUAUGAGUAUUCGACCAUCAAUGAAUCGUCAACAAAAAUUACGUUGGAAUAGACAAGAUGCAUAUCCACUUGAUGAUUCUCCACGUGCUUAUGAUGUAUCACCUACCCGACCAUACAUGUAUGAUCCACAGUUACAAUUGUCAUCAGAAUACGAUUAUGCACUUGCAGGCGGACCAAAUGAGUUUGACUAUUAUGCACAACAAGACUAUUUAGUACAACAACAACAAAACGAGAGAAACUCUAAUUUUAGAACUUGA